UGUCGAAUUUUAUUUUUUUUUCAUGUGCAACCGCAUGAGAGGUGUCCAACAAUCGUGGUUACGCCAGUGAUUCUGUUUGUUAAUAAAUAACGAAUGAUAACAAACUGCUGAGAGUGUCAAUAGGAUUAUAUAUUCGAGAUAACAUUAUGGCGAAAUUGUUCAAAGCAUGUUCUGGUUUCAACAUUUACACAAAUAUCCUAAAACCGAGAUUUGAGGUGGUGACACUGCAAAAUAGGGGAGCAAAAAAACUAAAUCCACCCCCAAAAAAACGCCACCCCCUGUGGUUUUUGAAACAGGAACGUGUGCUCAGCAAGGACGACCUGACAAAAGAGAACACUUCAUUCAUACAAGAGGUGAUAGAAUCCAGAUAUGGAAAAGCAGAUCCUCAGAGCGGAUCUUAUUCUCCCCUGAAGGUGCCCCCCAUCGAGCCAUCCACAGAGUGGAGCCCACAAUCUCGUCGUACUGGAGUAAUUGCGAGAAAACUUGGCAUCUACCCGAUGUGGACGAGCGAUGGAAAAAAAGUUCUGACAACUCUUUUGCACGUGUGUGAUAACCAUGUAAUCAAAUACAUUUCACCGGAGGAAUGGAAACCGCUAAUUCAGCCAUCAGCCAAAACUAUCAUCCCUUACAAGAAGAAAGGGUGUCUCCUGGUGGGAGCUGACAGCGUUGAUCCCCAGAGAUUCACCAAACAGUACUGUGGACUCUUCACAGAUGCUGGUGUUAUGCCCAAAAGACUCAUCUGUCGGUUCAUGGUGACACCUGAUGCUGCACUCCAGCCAGGAACUCCUCUCAAUGCUGCACAUUACAGAGUGGGCGAUGUCGUCGAUAUUAGAGCGAAAACAAUGGACAGAGGAUUCCAGGGUGUAAUGAAGCGAUGGGGUUUCCACGGUAUGCCAGCAACCCACGGAGUGACUAAAACCCACAGAAGACCUGGAAACAUCGGUUCCGGUGGUACAAAGGCUAGAGUAAUGCCAGGAACUAAACUCCCCGGACAUAUGGGGAAUCGCUACAGAACCUUCAGAGGAGUAAAGAUUCUACGUGUGGAUCACAAGCACAACGUCCUCUGGGUGCUGGGGCAGGCCCUUCCUGGUGAAACCAACAGUCUCCUCGUCAUGUACGACACUCUCCUCCACGGGAGAAGAAUACGCGAAAAAGGAAAUGCCCCACCUUUCCCCACGUAUGUCCCAGGUGACGAGCCCCUUCCAGACGUCGUGUGGGACGAAAAAAUGCAUCCGUUUGAUGCCCCAACGAUAGAAUUCGAAGUUCCAGACAAGAAAUAAUCGAAAUAUCUCAUUGAAUACAUGUAAAUUAAUAAAAAUAA